GUCCCAGCAAAGAUAAGGUCUGAGACCUAGCAGUCUAGAGGAAGUAACUACACGAACAAUUCAGUUGUGCACUUUUUUGAAAAACAACAACAACAAAACAAAAACAACAAAACAACAACAACAACAACAAAACAACACAACUAUUUCAGGAUGUUAACCACCAAAUUGCUAUUGCUGUUGAUUGUGACACUAUUGAUCAGGCAUGGAGGUAAGGAUGUAUGUUUAUAGAGGCUCUAGAUGUUGAUUGUGACACUAUUGAUCAGGCACGGAGGUAAGGAUGUAUGUUUAUAAAGGCUCUAGAUGUUGAUUGUGACAGUGUUAGCCAGUCAUCGGAAGAACUUUCUUAUCGUAGUUGAAGUAGAUCUUGUGCAAAAUGAUGAUAACAUUUGGUUAAAUAGCAAUUAGUAUGUCAGGUGUCAUUAUUGCCAUUGAGAUACAUUACUUUAUAAAUAACAUAUUAUGAUAUUCACACAUUUUCUGUUGUACGCUAGCACACACACACACACACACACACACACACACACACACAUAUAUAUAUAUAUAUAUAUAUAUUAUAUAUAUAUUAUAUAUAUAUAUAUAUAUAUAUAUAUAUAUAUAUAUAUAUAUAUAUACUUAUAUGAGUAUGUCUAUCAAUUCUGAUAUGUCGCUAAGUCCUAAUCAACCGAUUAGUGCUUGCCUACUUGGCCUGACUACUGGGUGCUUAGAUGCUUUCCCAGCAGGGCCUGACUACUGGGUGCUUCAAUGCUUUCCCAGGAGGGCCUGACUAUUGGAUGCUUCAAUGCUUGCCCAGGAGGGCCUGACAACUGGGUGCUUCAAUGCUUGCCCAGGAGGACCUGACUACUGGGUGCUUCAAUGCUUGCCAAGGGAAGGCCUGACUACUGGGUGCUUAAAUGCUUUCCCAGGAGGGCCUGACUACUGUGUGCUUAAAUGCUUGCCAAGAGAGGCCUGACUACUGGGUGCUUCAAUGCUUUCCCAGGAGGGCCUGACUACUGGGUGCUUCAAUGCUUGUCAGGGGAGGCAACUUCUGUGUAUACAUUGCCUCAGCGGGUGCAUUAAAAAGCACACACUUCAGACAAAAUAUAUAUUUUUAUGAAACGAGACAGACAUAAUAUAUUUCUUGGAUUCUGUAUUUCUGUGUUCCCACAAUUAGUAUUAUCGCUUCACCUCUGCAUGACUUACAGACACGGUCUUAGUACUGUUAGUUUUGGCUGCAUUUACAGUAAUGUUAGUUUGAGUGCAGUUUGAGUACUGUUAGUAUAUGGCUGCAGUUUCAGUAUUCUGUUAGUUUUGGUGGCAGUUUCAUUACUGUUAGUUUUUGGCUGCAGUUUCAGUGCUGUUAGUUUUGGUGGCAGUUUUAGUACUGUUAGUUUUGGUGGCAGUUUCAGUGCUGUUAGUUUUGGUGGCAGUUUCAGUACUGUUAGUUUUGGUGGCAGUUUCAGUACUGUUAGUUUUGGUGGCAGUUUUAGUACUGUUAGUUUUGGUGGCAGUUUCAGUACUGUUAGUUUUGGAUGCAGUUUUAGUACUGUUAGUUUUGGUGGCAGUUUCAGUACUGUUAGUUUUGGUGGCAGUUUUAGUACUGUUAGUUUUGGUGGCAGUUUCAGUACUGUUAGUUUUUGUGGCAGUUUUAGUACUGUUAGUUUUGGUGGCAGUUUCAGUACUGUUCUUUUUGGCUGCAAUUUCAGUACGGUUAGCUUUGGUGGAAGUUUCAGUACGGUCAUAAUAAUAAUGGGCUAUUCAACAUAAGAAAAUGUAUAAAUCAAAACAAACAUUUGACAAUUAAUUGCACUGAAUAUAUAUAUUAAAAAAACGAUCUAAAAGAAUGCAAAAUUCGUGAUUAAAAAAUAAGUAAAAAUUUCCGCAUAAAUUCUUUCUGUUUUUCCUUUAUAGCAUCAGAAGUCAACAUUACCAUCAGUCCAGCUGACGUCGACGAAGGCCUGACAGAAUCAUUCACAGCAAUCUGUACGUUUUCCCCCACACUUGGAACUCUGGUCACCCUGACUCUAUCCCGCGCCAACGAUACGUCCGGCGCAUUCCAAGAAUUGACCUCAAUCAACGGAUUUUCCACCCAAGCUGCCGCACAGCAAACAGUAGAAAACUUUACCGUCGCGGCCAACUUUAACGCAUCCGGUCUUUCGAGUUUAAAGCUCCAUUGGUCGUAUCCCACAGUAGAUCAAAAGGGCGUCUACAAAUGUUCAGCGGCUGGGCUGGACACGCUCGGGCACAAUAUUCUGGAGGAGGACGCUGCGACACUGACGGUCGGGAGGCCAGGGCAAAGCCAACUCUUGGAUAAAUUAAAACAAAUGGAUGCGCUCCUGAGAAGCUUCGAAGACAAAGUCACAGCGUUGGAAACCAAAGUCUUGCAUCUGGAAACAAACUUUACCCAGGAGGUGAACGAGUCGAAGUUUGAUCUGGAAAUGAAGUUUUUAAAUCUGGAGCGAAACUUGACGUAUGUGGCUGCGAAGAAUAAAGGGAACACGGAGCAACUCGAUCAAUUAAAGUCGAUAUUUUUCGUGGAUUCGAUUAGUUUCAACGACACCGAAUACUUUCUGUCAAGAGACAGUUUCGGAAACGCCAAUGUCUCUGCCGCAAUCUGCGCCAUGUAUGGCGGAUAUCUUGUGGAGUUUGACGACGCCGCUGAGUUCGAGGCGGUGACGUCUUUCAUACAUAAUUUCACCGGGUUUUUUAACGUCUACGUCGGGGGCGGAGAUUCGAGGCACGAGAACCACUGGGAGUUUGGACCCACCGGCCGGAAUGUGACGUGGACAAACUGGUACCAAGGUGAGCCCAACUCUGGGCCCGGGGCCGACUGUAUAAAAAUCUACAAGAUUUAUGACUGGCAAAUGUUGGACGCUGGCUGCUACAGCCAGGAUCCUGAGUAUAGGUUUAUAUGUGAAGUACCUUUAACGACCUAGUCGGUCUUGUGAUGAACCCAAGUAUUGUCUUGUGAUGAACCCAAGUAUUGUCUUGUGAUGAACCCAAGUAUUGUCUUGUGAUGAACCCAAGUAUUGUCUUGUGAUGAACCCAAGUAUUGUCUUGUGAUGAACCCAAGUAUUGUCUUGUGAUGAACCCAAGUAUUGUCUUGUGAUGAACCCAAGUAUUGUCUUGUGAUGAACCCAAGUAAUGUCUUGUGAUGAACCCAAGUAUUGUCUUGUGAUGAACCCAAGUAAUGUCUUGUG